AUGUCCGAUACUGACUUCGUUACAAUCUUUCAAACACCGUUACAUUGCAAGACUUGCAUUGAAACUGUUGAUGACGCACUCAAAGAUGUAAGUGGCGUCAAGAACGUUGAUGUGGAUUUACAAGCGCAGAGAAUCGCAGUUAAGGGCAGUGCUCCCCCUUCUGCAAUUGUGAAAGCGUUGAGCAAUAUUGGUAAAGAUGCGAUUAUAAGAGGCAGUGGAAAGCCGGAUUCUGCGGCAGUUUGUAUUUUGGAGUCCUUUCAACCGCAGGACCUGGAUAAGCCGGUAAAAGGUCUUGCUAGGAUUGUUGAAGUAGCCCGUGACCAAGUUGUCGUGGAUUUAACAGUCAAUGGUGUCAAACGAGGUUUUUAUUACCCUCUGAUUAGAAGUACUGGUGAUCUUAGUCGUGGCCCACUAUCCACUGGCUCCAUACUUCAAAAGCUCGCGCAGUUCGAAGCAUGCGACUUUGAUGAGACCGAACUGAAGUCUGAAGAACGGGAAUCAGCCGAAGUGUUCGCUGGUCACACAUUCAUCAGCGCAAAUUUGAGCGUAAAGGAUUUGAUAGGUAGAAACUCGCCCUCCACGGAGAAGGAUUUUCACUAUUUUGAAAUCCGUCGCGUGCUCCUUGAACUGAAGGAAUCCUUGACAUCGAAGCGGUCCCUUCUGAUAAACAUCUCGAGUUUUCCAGAUAGCACUACCCUAAGCUCGGUACUUUUAGUGCUCCAAGAGAUUCUUCUCGAACUUAACUCAUACAUUGAACGUCUCCUGUUGGCUGAUAACAAGAUGGAACAUCUUCCUGAUGAACUACUCAAUGUUUGUGACGAUCGGUUGAAGGUUCUCGAUCUCCAUUCAAAUGAUUUACAUGAAUUUCCAGUCAUGAUUUGCACUUGUUUUUCAAGGCUCGAGUUCCUUGAUGUAUCUAGCAAUAGGCUCAAAGGACUUCCGCAUCAAGUGUCCUUGUUAGCAGACUUGCGUGUAUUACAUCUAUCCAAUAAUAACUUCUCCUAUCUCCCGCCGACCUUAGGAGAGCUUAUAUCCCUAGAGAGAUUGACUGUCUCCGGGAAUCCCCUAGUUAUUCCCUCGCAACAGACCUUCCAGUCUCUUGAAAAAGAUACGAACCGCUUAAAAGCGUAUUUACUUUCUAACUCGGUUAUUCUAGAGCAGAACAUCAACCAACAGGUCAAUAAGCUGAAGCCGACAUCGCUUUCAGCAAUGAGAUCCAGAUCUGUAUCGGACACUAGAUCCAAAAGCUCCAAGGCAUCGAGGCGAAUGGGUUUAAUUAUAAAUAAAGCCAAGAACCCAAACUCCAAAGACGUGUUGCACAAGAGCGAUGAGCCCAACAAUACAUCAGAUUUCAAUCAUUUAAAAAGUCACCUGGAUGGUCAAGAGGCCCAACUGCCGAUGAAAGUUUCCUCUCCAUCUAGAACCAGACUGCGACAGAAUACGAUGAUUGAAAUUAACGACAUGCUUCAGCAACCCGAGCUAAGCGACACGGAGUAUAAAUCGGGAGCAUAUUUUAGACGUCUUUCCACUUUGCAGGAAAUACCAUACGGGGAUGUUGGCAAAGAUCUAGCCAAGGUCGAUCGGCUCUCUGAAAUCACAAAGGCCCCCGAGCUUCUGACUACUUCUUCGCCGAAUAAAAAAUCUUUUUGGGACGACAUCAAUGCCUUUUUGAAAGCAAUCAUCCAGACAUUCUCAUCUGUGAAACUCAUCAUGAAAGAUGCCCCAAUAUUGAACGAGGUGCGUCAAUCCAUGGCAAAUCUCACGAGGGCUACGAAAGAGCUAACCAUUCUUCUUGAAGCAUCCUCCUAUAGUAGCUUUUCAGAUGCCAAUCAGGCUACGUCUGUCGCUUGGAAUAAUUCGCACACUAAUUUAGCACAUUACGGCAAUCUGUCGGCGCCUGUGAGGACACCGCUCGUUGCUACCGUUGGUGCUGCUGCUGCUCAGGCCAUAAUGCCUGGAAAUGAUGGCCAGUCCAGUUCUUUCUUCCCGCCGAUGGCAGGAGAGCCUACUGCCACUAAUUCAGGUACGACUACAGAUCACAAUUACUUUACUUACACAGACUUGUUGAACGAGGAAGACUUCAAGCUUCUUCAUGACGCUGUGCUCACUUAUCUUGUAGCUGUCAUUCCUAACCAAGAGUCCUUGAGCCCCCAGAGCCAAUACAGACUUACUCAAAGGUUUGAUGAGCUGAUUUCGAAUCCUGAAAAUGGUAACGCGGGGUACGGACAUGGGAAAGAGUUUCGCCAUGAUAACUCAGUCUUGAAAAAAGACGGGUGCUCGGUUAAGUCUCAGCCACAAGUUCAGAUCCUUGGGCAGGGAACUUUUGCAGCUGACGAGCCAGGAAACGAAAAUGGGGAAGACAUUGUUUUAACUCACCCGUCGCAUACGACUUUUCACAGCGACCCGCUAACCCCAGAACAGAUUCAAAUCGAGAAACGGACUCGAUUCUAUAGGUGGCAUAUUGAUUCAGCCUUAUACGACCUCUCCCCACCCAAGGUAACUACUUUACUAGGAAUCAAGGUGCCACCUGCAACCCAAAUGCAAACUAUCGAUUAUGAGGAUGGUUCUGGUGACAAAUUGAAAAUUCUGCAAGGAGCAACUUGCUUUGUUAGUGGGAAUGAGGCAUUCGAGAGGCUCUCGGAAUCAGAGAAGGAGUUUGCUCUCAAUUCUGUCGUUGAAUAUGCACCUCAUCCGUAUAUCUUUAUUUCUCCGGCAAAAGCUACAAAGGACGGUUUAACAAUGGUUUCUGAGGGAAAAGAAACACCGCUUGCAGAGUUGCCUGAGUGGGAAGAAGGUAAAGUGAAAAAAUUACCAAUGGUGUGGACCAACCCCGUUACGAAGAAGCAUCACUUACAAGUACACGGUUGCUGUCUUUAUAAGAUCCAUACAAAGCAGAAUGGACGUGUGGUGUCCUUGGGAUUGGAGGAUGCACGAUGUACUGGUGUAGAUAUAAAUCUCAGAGAUCUGGAAUCGUUGAGAACCCAAGAGAUGGGUCAGUUCACGACAUUGGCGACCUGUAAUUUGAAUCAAUGGGCUCUUGAUUUUGAAGGUAAUCGUGAUAGGAUUAUAAGGAGCAUUGAAAUUGCCAAGGAACGCCAUGCAAAGCUUCGAGUGGGACCAGAAUUAGAGAUCACAGGUUAUGGUUGCUUGGAUCAUUUUGACGAGAACGAUGUAUUCAAUAAUUCGUGGCAUAUUUAUGGAGAAAUUUUGAAGCAUCCAUCUACGUCUAAUAUUAUUCUCGAUAUUGGAAUGCCCGUUCUUCACAAGUCCAACCGUUAUAACUGUAGGAUGAUCAGUUACAACGGCCAAUUACUCUUGAUUAGACCAAAGUUGUACCUCGCAAACAACGGAAACUAUAGAGAGAUGAGAUACUUUUCACCUUGGCUUCGUCCAAGACAUCAUGAGAAAUUUCAAUUGCCUGAGUGCAUCAAGUCUAUCACUGGUCAAUCUGAGGUCCCUAUCGGUGAUUGCGUAAUUCAAACAGAUGAUACCAGGAUUGGAGCAGAAACUUGCGAGGAGCUCUUUACCCCGCAAUCCCCUCACAUCAGUAUGGCUUUGGAUGGAGUCGAAAUUUUCACUAACUCGUCUGGCUCGCACCACGAACUCAGAAAACUAGACACGAGAUUGGAAUUAAUCUCUGAGGCAACGAAAAAGUGUGGGGGCGUAUACUUGUAUGCUAACCAGAGGGGUUGUGAUGGUGAUCGUCUUUACUAUGAUGGCUGCGCUUGCAUUAUUGUCAACGGAAAAAUGGUCGCCCAAGGAAGUCAGUUCUCACUCAAAGAUGUGGAGGUUGUCACUGCUACGAUCGACCUAGAUGAUGUCAGAGCCUAUAGGAACCAAAAGUCUGCUGCUUUACAAUCUGUGGCACAAUCAACAGCAUACCACUCCAUACCAACUCAUUUCAAGAUAGCUUCGAAUACCGACGUCCUCAACAGUGAAGUGAGAGCUUCCGAACAGCUAGGUAUCAAGUAUCAUGCCCCCGAAGAAGAGAUCGCCCUAGGCCCAGCAUGUUGGCUCUGGGAUUAUUUACGACGCUCAAGAACUGGUGGAUUCUUCCUUCCCCUUAGUGGUGGAAUAGACUCAUGUGCUACUGCUGUCAUUGUACACUCAAUGUGCCGUUUAGUAUCAUCAGAGAUAGAAGAUGGAAAUGAGCAAGUCCUCGAUGACCUCAGAGCGCUAACGCAUGACGAGGGCUUGAACUCUGUGACGGCCCAAGAGGUGGCUUCCAAACUCUUCUAUACCUCGUUCAUGGGAACAUCUAAUUCCUCGCUGGAAACUCGUGAACGAGCAAGAGACUUGGCUCUUGAAAUUGGAUCAAAUCAUGUAGAUUUGAAUAUGGAUAGCCUCGUUUCAGCAGUCAUCAAGGUAUUUGAGGUUGCCACCGGUCGUCGUCCAAUCUUCAAGGUCUUUGGCGGAAGCCAGACGGAAAAUCUUGCAUUGCAGAACAUUCAAGCGCGAUUACGUAUGGUUCUAAGCUACUUAUUCGCUCAGCUUUUGCCAUGGACAAAGAACAGAGUAGGUGGGCUACUUGUACUCGGCAGCGCAAAUGUUGACGAGUGUUUGAGAGGUUAUCUUACAAAGUAUGAUUGUUCAAGCGCUGAUAUCAAUCCUAUUGGCGGAAUCUCGAAAACUGAUCUCAAGAAGUUCAUAAGCUGGGCAAGUGCUAAAUUUUCUUUGCCUAUACUUCACAAGUUCUUAGAGGCUACUCCAACGGCCGAGCUUGAGCCAAUCACCGAGAAUUAUGUUCAGUCAGACGAGAUCGAUAUGGGAAUGAGUUAUUUGGAGCUUUCACGCUUUGGUAAAUUACGAAAAGUUGAAAACUGUGGGCCCGAAUCGAUGUUUGUUAAGUUGUAUCAUGAAUGGUCGCAACCUCCUUUUAACUACUCAGCUGCCACAAUUGCAGAUAAGGUCAAGCGAUUUUGGUUUUUUUACGCAGUUAACAGACACAAGAUGACCACUAUGACACCCUCAUAUCACGCUGAGCAGUACUCACCAGAUGAUAACAGAUUCGACUUGAGACCGUUUUUGAUAAAUCCAAGGUUCCCAUUGGCGAGCAAGAAUAUUGAUCAGCUCCUUUGCGAUGUCUCUCAAGAUCAGGUCGAGAAAUUUUUCAGCCGUCUUGUCUUGUACGUCACCGUGGAGCCUUGCGUUAUGUGCGCUCUGGCGUUACAGCAAAUGGGGAUUAAGGAAGUAUAUUUUGGUGCUGCAAAUGAUCGUUUCGGUGGAAAUGGCUCUGUCUUCAAAAUACAAACUGCCUCCUGCGGUCCAUCCUACAAGAGCUUCGGCGGUCUUAUGAGGGUGGAGGCAAUUCAUUUACUACGAUGCUUUUAUGUGCAAGAAAACGAAACGGCGCCUACUCCAAAAAUCAAGAAGAACAAAGCAAUUGAAGGAAAAGAGUUUCCUCCGAAUCUUCCUUUCGACCGAUUCCUAUCUGAAAGCGAAUUCAGUUCAUGUUAUGGAACUGCUAGAACAGCAGAGUUUUAUCCUGGUCCUCGAGAUGGGAUUGAAAUUACCCCUGUCUUCGAGCACGGCUAUAUUUUCAAAGACCUUAUAGAUGUUAGUGAUGUCGAGGGAAUUCCUGGUGUCAGGUCUCUAUAUCCUAAGGUCCCAGCUGUCAAGUGGGUAACUGAAUAUGAAUAUACCACAGUAACUGUUGGCUAUGAUGCGUACACUGCGUAUCUUGCUUCGGCUUCGGCUUCCAAGAAUGUGGAGGCGGGUCCUACCGCGGUUACUGAUCAGUCCACUGCGGAACCCGAGAAUACAGAAGCUCCAGAGCCCCAGGUCACGGAAGCACCUAAAACUACUGAGCUUCCACAAACAUCUACUACUCCACAAACUACUGAAAAACCCUCAACUCUGAGUAUUGCUACCAGCAUCAAAUCGCAAACCCCAACUUCGACUGAACCAGCUUCAACUACAAGCGAUUCAAGUGAACCAUCAGGUGCUACUUUCUCUGGUGAGGGCACCUACUAUGAUCCUGAGAUGGGUGCUUGCGGUAAGGUGAAUUCUGCUGACGAGAUGAUCGUGGCUAUUUCUCAUGAAUUGUACGACGAGUACACACCAAAUGGAAACCCAAACAAGAACACCCUUUGUGGUAAGAAAAUCAAGGCUUCUUACGAAGGGAAGUCUGUCGAAGUCAGUAUUGUGGACAGAUGCGUUGGUUGCGCCCAUGACGAUUUGGACUUGUCCCCAGCAGCUUUUGAAAAGAUCGCUGACAAAGAUCUUGGAAGAAUUAACCUUACCUGGGAUUCGGACGAUGAUUUCAGUGACCAUGAUUCCGGGGUGGACUUGAGAGACGAGCCUUUGCUGCCUGACACUGAGGGCAUGGCCAAAAGAACUAGAUUGAAGAAGGUCAAUAAUGGCAAACAGGGAGCUUCCGGUGGGUAUGCUUGGGAAGAUGAGUACCAACGAACAUGGGACAUUGUUAAAAAUGAUGAAGACGGUGAACAGUCUCUCGAAAAUUUGGUACAGCAGAUGAUCGAAUCAAGGAAGAAAAAGAUCAUGAGAAAUCCAGCAACACCUUUUCAAAGAGGAAUCAUUAGAACUCUAAUAGUUGUCAUUGAUGGCUCCUUGGCGAUGCUAGAGAAGGAUUUAAGGCCUACAAGGUUUUCUGCGAUGCUUUCUUACUUGCUGGAAUUCAUCAACGAGUUUUUUGACCAAAAUCCCAUUUCACAGCUCGGAAUCGUCAUGAUGCGUAACGGUAUGGCACAUCUCGUUAGCGAGACGCACUCGUCAAAGAGAGCAUCAAAGUCAAAGUUAUAG